AGUAAACAUGUUCGCAGUUGAGCAAGCUUUCAAUAUUUCAAAGAGUAUUUCUUAGCACAGUUGUUCGUGUUCGAUUUUCUGGAUUAUGUACUCAAAUGAGAUAGUAUUUCACCAGAAUGUAUUUAAAAAGCCGACAAAUUUUGGAUAAUUGUCAGUCAUUUGGAGUAUCCGGUCCUGCUAUCAACAUGAAUAUUUUUGGUUUAGUUUUCGCAGUAUUUGCCUUAUUGGCAGUGCUCGGUAUUGCAGAUUCUGUAUCGACAGUAAAACCUGUAACUCGAAAACCCUCAACUAAACCAACAACACGCAAACCUAUUUCCAUACUUACCACGUCUCGCCCAAAACCUGUACAAACCGUUGCUGACUGCACUGAGUUUAAGUAUUGUACUAAUUUCAUACAACCAAUUUGGGCAACUGAUGCUAACAAACAAUCAUGUGAAGUGUUCCGAAACAGGUGCCACUUUUUAAAUAAUAACUGCAGGCUUCUGCUUGAAAAUGAAAAAGCUUUAAAUGAAGCAACACAAGAGAUCUGCAAACCCCUCUGUAAGGAAUGUGUUACAGAAUUUAAUUUCGUAUGUGGUGAAAUGAACAGUGAAAAACGUAAGAUGUUCCUUUCUGAAUGUGAUAUGAAAAAUUACGCGUGCAAAACUGGAGAAACUUACCUACCACAACCUGACCUGUCGUUAUGUAAUGCACAAGUUAUUCAAAAUUACUCGUACUUUGACGAUUCAUCAAAAUAAAACGCAUACAUUUUAUCACUUUUCUUAAAUAAAUAUUAACCGUGAUAAUAGCUUCAACUAAAUAGAUAAGUUCUAGGGAGCAGUGUUGGCUUCCGCUCAUAUUUGUUUAUUGACAAAACAAAUUUUAACUUAUUUAAAUUCGAAUGUUUUGGAAAUUAUUUGGAGUCUCUUGAUUAAAUAUUUUUUAUUUAAGUUUUA